GGUUAAAUUUUCACCACGCAAUCAAGAGGAAGGAAAUCUUUGUUACUAUUAAUAUUUUUCAUCUUUACUUUAGGAGGACAAAUGCAUCGCAGACCACUUUCCGAUGUUCUUCUGCAACAAACAUCAAAUUCUUUUACCACUCUGUUAGCAUUCGUGAUUGGCGCCGUGACAAUUUUAUAUGUCUAUAAGAAAAAGAUAGGUAAGCAACGCCCCCCGCACCCCAUCCGGGGACUUGAUACAGGAUCAUCACAACAACAGCCAUCAAUGAAGGAUGUAGACGUUGAUGUCCUUACAAAGCUCAGGAAAAAACAGUUUAAGGGUAGCAAAAUGUGCUGUGCCUGGGAUGUUUUCUUCUCAAAUGGGGAGUGGUUAUGUGAUGGUAAGGCAAAAGACAUAUUGUCUUGGUAUGCAUCCACAUUAGAUGUUUACCUGAUGUGCCGUAUUUCAAGUCAGAAUGAUAAAAUACAGAUAUUAAAGGAGUUGAAAGGGAUCGAUGGACUCCAGAGGCAUAAGAUACUCUUUUGUACGACUCCAAAGGGAUAUGAAGCCUUCACAAGACAGAUAAGUCCUACUAUCUUAGUUACGCAUGAUUCCUCUCAAGCAAUGUUUCUAAGCGGGAUUCUUCCUUACAUUAUUCUGGUGGGGGAAGGUAAGACUUCAAAAAGUAAUGUUUCGUUUAUUUCAUCUAUAUCUCAGAUUGAAUGUGAUAAAGAGGACUAGUUCAGAAUUUCUCGGUGAAAAUAUAAAUGAAGGGAUUCGUUUUUAACUUUCCAAAGCAAGACUUUGUUGAGGUGCGUAUGUGUGUGGUGGAUUUGCUUUGGAUUUCUA